GGGAAAUCUCCAUUUAGAUCUUGUCUGGCGACCAUAUUACUUCAUAUGUCUGUAAUGAGCGGCGCGGGAAGCUUUUCAUAAUCAGGCCCCGCGUCACGCCCCGCCAUGCUGGCCGCCAUCCCGCCGCCGCCGCCAAGUGUAAACAAGGACCUCGUGGACGACCUCAACAAGAACGUGACGAACAAGCCGCCCGUCAGCAGCGGAGGGGGGGCGGGGGACGGUGGCCCCUCCCUCACCCAGCUGGAGUCCCCCCCGCCCCCCUCCCACGCCCUGUCCCACGCCCACCACGCCACCCACCACCCGCAGGGACCGCCCACCCUCGCCAACCUGGACGCCCACGCCUCCUCCGCCCACCGACCAGGAGAGGUCUCCGGCGGUCUGGCAGGCAUGGGCGUGGGCGGGGUGGGCGUGAGCGUGAGUGUGAGCGGGGGCGGCGGUGGCGGUGACGGCGUGGACAAAUCCGUGAAGCCUAAGAGACAUCGCACCCGCUUCUCGCCCACGCAGCUGAACGAACUCGAGCGGUCCUUCACCAAGACGCACUACCCCGAUAUCUUCAUGCGGGAGGAGCUGGCGAUGAGGAUUGGCCUGACGGAGAGCCGCGUACAGGUGUGGUUCCAGAACAGACGAGCGAAGUGGAAGAAGAGGAAGAAGAGUAACUCAGUCUUCCGCUCAGCUGGGUCCCUCCUCCCCUCCCCCUCCCUCCCCCCCUUCCCUCCCAUGGGCGGCGACUCCUUCGGCUCCAUGUUCCCUUCGUCAGACACCCGCUGGACCAUGGGAGGAAUGGGCCCCAUCAACACAGGCAUGGGCACGGGCACGCUGGGCCUGACCUCGCCCCUACAGCGGCAGGGGCUCGGGCAGCUGGGGCAGGGGGGCAUGACCAUCACCCAGUCCUUCAGUCAGUCCCUGGGGCAAGGCUUCGGGCAGGGGCUGGGGCAGGGGCUGGGACAGGGGUUCGGGCAGGGGCUGGGGCUGGGGCAGGGGCAGGGACUCGGGCUGGGGCAGGGGCAGGGGCUUAGUCAGGGGUUCGGGCAGGGCUUGGGGCAGGGUUUGGGGGGGUCGACGUCCCCCCUCCCCUCUGGGCUGUCCAAUAUGGGGAGCAGCACCCCCACCUCCAUGUACCAGCCCCACUACCAGGCCUUCACCUCCCUCAACACGGCCCUCGGUGAGUACACAGGCUCUCCACUAAACUCCCCAGGGCUACCGUCUGGUCUAGGCUCCCCAGCUACUCCCCCGAACAGCGGUUCCUCCUCCCCCGCCACCCACCACCACCACCACCAGCACCACCAGCAACACCAGCAGCAGCAACAGCACCAUCAGCACCACCAGCAGCUCAGCAACCACCAACAGCAACAGCAGCAGCACCACCAACAGCAACAGCAGCAGCAACAACAACAACAGCAACAGAUUAAUUGUAGCAUGGGGGGUAUGGGGGGAGGGGGAGGGGGGGUGGGGGGCAUGGGGGUAGGGGGGGAGGACAUGUGGCGGGGGACAAGCAUCGCGCAGCUUCGCAGAAAGGCGAUUGAACACUCUAUAAGCUUUAGGUAG